AUGGGUGUGAUCACUUAUGACCAUGAAAUCACAUCUUCAAUCCCACCAAGCAAGAUGUUCAAGGCCUUCGUUGUUGAUGCUGAUAACCUCGUCCCCAAGGUUUUGCCACAGGCCAUUAAGAAUGUCGAGAUCCUCGAAGGCAAUGGUGGAGUCGGCACCGUCAAGCUGGUCACUUUUGGUGAAGGCAGCCAAUACAAGAGUGUGAAGCACCGUGUUGACGGGAUUGAUGAAGCCAACUACACGUACAACUACAGCAUCAUCGAAGGAGAUGUUCUUGAAGCUGGCGACCUUGAGAAAAUCUCUUACGAUGUCAAAAUCGAAUCUGCGGCCGAUGGAGGGUCUGUAUGCAAAACCAAAAGCACCUACCACACCAAAGGACUUAAGGAAAUUGCUGAAGAGAAGAUCAAGGAAGGAAAAGAAAGGGCACAUGCCAUGUUCAAAGCUAUUGAGGGUUACCUCCAUGCAAAUCCCCAUGCUUACAAUUGA